AUGCAGUGUUCAGAAGCCGAUGAUUCUGCGGCCGAUACGACAUUCCAGACCAGUCUCGGAAGCCUGUUGGAUUCCCUUCUUGCCAAUGGGCCUCUUGAGAAAGGCUUCUACAAAACCAAAGUUGGGAAGAAGUCGAACCGAGUCUAUGGUAUUGUGCAGUGUAGAGGAGACAUUUCCGCUCAUGCUUGCGCUAAAUGCACAAAGAACUCCACCAUAGCAGCCUUGGAUCAGUGUCCAAAGAGCAAGGAGGUUUUAGUUUGGUUCCGGUGGUGUUUUCUUCGCUAUUCGGAUCAUGAUUUCUUUGGUGUUAUGGAUAAAACCUCGUUUGCUCUGAGCAAUGAUACCGAUUUUGAUGACUCGUCAGUGGUUUCGAAAGGACUAGACUUCAUGAGUGGACUAACAUUAACUGCUCAAAAGCAGUCUCUGGUCUUCCAAAUUGGUGUUUUGGAUGUUGGCACAAGUGGUAAGAGGUAUGGUAUGGUUCAAUGCAAUCGGGACAUCAGCAGGACAGACUGUGGAAAGUGCCUGCAAGCUCAACUAUCGGAUUUUAGGACAACAAUCGGAAAUAAACGAGGUUGGGAAGUUUAUGGUUCUAGUUGCUUUAUGUGGUACCAUGACUAUGAGUUUUACUUCAACAUUUCAACCACUGCAAGUGAAGAAGCUGAGGAAGACUUCAACCUGCGAUCUUCAGAGGUUGUUGAACUCGUCGAAAGGGCAGCGAAUGUGUUCUGCCGGGGCUUUUGGGGAUUAACGAGAGCCGAAAUGACGAGCACAAUCUUGCAUUUGGAAGCAAAUGCCAUAGUUCCAUAUUGA